AUGAGUUUACCGUAUAAUAAAAAUGGAAACGUCAUCUUUUUAGUUCGAAAGGAGGGGGUUAAGAAUAAUGAUUAUGAUGAAAGAAUAAUACGAGAAUUCAUCCUCCAAGAAACCACACCGGAGGAAAGAGAAGAAAUGCAAAAUUUAACUUUCCUUACAAUAAGCGAAUUAAUUAAGCCGAAAAUAAGACACGAUAAAGAUAAACGCCCGCCACGCAUACAAAACGCGUUUGUAAUCUUUAGAAAAGAUUACCAGGCUUGGAUAGCGUCAGAAUUUCCUUAUUUGACGUCAGAAUUUCGAGAUAUUUCAAUCAAAUCAAGUGCACUCUGGCAUGAAGCGUCUGAAGAUAAGAAAAAUUGUUUUAACAAAAUUUCCAAACUUGCCAAACGAUUUCACGAAAAGAUCUGGUCCGGAAAUUUGUACAAGCUUAGAUCUCCAAAUACCACUUCAAAUGUGUCCGCGUCGCGUGGUUGUACUUUUGAUAAUUCGUUACCACCAAUUUUUGAAUCGUCGUAUCAUCCUAUGAACGAACAAGAAAAUCAAGUGAAUGCAAGGAUUAACAAUCUAAAGGUCUAUAGGAAGACAUUAGAAAUCAAUCCGUCUUUAGAAUUCUUUAAUAAAUAUUGUAAGGACGUUUUGAACAGUUUGGAUAAAAAUAUUUGCCUUUAA